AUGACCGAAUUCCAAACGCCACAAAAGUCUAUCAAACCUUUCGACAACGAUAAAAUAACUAUACCACCUUCACCGUUUUUAAAUAAACUUGGUUAUGGUACUGGGGUGUCCGUUCUGCAAUUAGUGAGGUCCCCGAGGGCAGGACUUAUCCGAUCACCGUGGGCUCUCAAAAUGUUGAACAAACGAGUUAAACCAAAUAAAGUAUACACAGAUCGACUGAAAACUGAGGCGGAACUGUUACAAAAAAUGUCCCACCUUAACAUAGUGGGUUUUAGGGCAUUUAGUAAAGGCAAGAUUCUAUACUUGGGCAUGGAAGCUUGUGAUUUAUCCUUGGGGGACUUGAUCGAAAAAAGAGUAGAUGAUGAUUGUACGCCCUUUUCACCAAGACAAAUGUUGCAGGUGGCUGUAGACAUCUCCAGUGCACUUGAAUACCUUCAUACAAAGAUGCAAAUUUUACAUGGAGACAUGAAAUCUUACAACAUAUUAGUCAACGGUGAUUUUGUGAUAUGUAAACUUUGUGACUUUGGAGUGACACUUCCUCUCGACGAAAAUGGAAUAUUUGAUAAGGAAAAUGCUGGUGGAACUGUUUAUUAUGGUACAGAAGCAUGGAGCGCACCUGAAGUAAUUCACGGAGGGCAGAUCAGUGACAGAACUGACAUCUGGCCAUUUGGUCUCACUCUGUGGGAGAUGAUGGCACUAAUGCCACCUCACUCACAAAUUGAUGAGGACACCUUUGAUAUGAGCCUGGAUGAUCUUGACGAGAGUGGUUAUGAUUUCUCCGAUCGAUAUGGCAGUCGUCCAGACGUCCCCGCCAACAUAUCGGAAGUAGAAUACGCACAGCCGUUAACCCUGUUCUGCAGCUGUACUGAGAGCCGGCCGGCCGACCGCCCCCAGGCCGCGCAGCUCACGGCGGCCGCCCGGGCCAUGGCGGCGGCAUUACUUCAUAACACAUCAUGUUAAUAGGUUUCUAUAAGGAAUUCACAUUAUCUUACCUGCUACAUCUAACAUGUAAUUUAGAAAUUUUGUGUAUUUGAACUCAUGGCGGCCUAAAGACAAUAGGCAUGAUAUCUCCACAUAGUCUUUCAAUGUGAAGACGGAACCACUCCAUACUGACAGACCAGGGAUAAUUCAUCCAAAAAUAGAAAAUAACAUUUCAUUACAACUAUGGAAUAUAAAUGAUAUAUACUUUGUGUAUAUUGUGUGCUCUCUGAACGCUCGUCAAUUGGACAGUGUGGACGUAUAUAAUUGCCAGCCAAAUCGUGUUUCACAUAAUAUGUUACUUGGCAUUUGUCGUUUGGUUUUCAAGUGCCCCCCUGUCGUCCGCCUGGGUAAAUACAUAUUUUUAUUAACUUCAAUUUAUAUUAUGUUCGAGAGCAUUUACUUAAAAUUGACAAUGAUUUAUUUUUUAAUAAGUAUCUGAUGGGACCAAUAAAGUUUAUUUCAAACGUAAAUUUAACGUCGCCAGAGUUACAUCGGUGCUCCGGUGGGCUCCCGGCCGACGGAGGCGCCCGCACAGCCUGCUUGUAUUAUUUGUAAAAUAAAUGUUAUUUUAAGAUACAAUAAAACUAUUUUAUGUUCGAAAAGUAUUUUAUUCGUCAAUAACAACAAUUAACAAAUACUUAAUUACCGAACAGUAUCCCUCGUAUAUUUAACCUUCAAUAAAUAUAAACACUUUCACAAUUCUUCGAAUUAAACAGAAUAUAGUAACCUCAAAUUAGUGUCUUUUAUAAAAAAAAUGUGGAAAAUCUAUUAGUUUAUGUUCAGUGUUGUACUAAUCAAAUAAAUUUAGACUGACCUUUCAACUAGAAAGCAGCCUCUGACAAAGUAAAUAAAUACAUUGAAGUAGAUGCCGUUACAGUAAAGAGCGUUUACAAAAUACUGAAUAUAUCUAAUUGUCGACGCCUAACACCUCUCAGAACACAAUUUAUUAUUUCCUUUCCAUUAAAUAAUUUUACCACAUAAAGUCCUCAUGAAAAUAGUUUUUUACUUUACACUUUAUGAUUCUUGUGAUUGUAUGAAAAUAUACAUCUACAGGCUAAAAUGGUUAGGAAUUCUUAAUUCAUUUAGAAUUCAAUUGAAUAAAAUUAUUUGUGUACGUACUUACGUAUAAAACAGUGCCUUGCUUCAAGCUCAGUAGCAAUUGAUCUUUCAUUUUGAGCAUUAAUAAAAACUAGGCUAAUAUUUUAUUAUCAUUACACCAACAUUAUCAAUAGUGCAGGUUCAAUAAUGAUGAAUGAUGAAGGGAUGGUUCACUUUGGAGAUUUCUUAUCUACGAUAUAAAUUUUGAACAAACAUCAUUUAAAUGUUUUACAAUAAACAUUAAAUGAAGUAUUCUAAUUAAAAAACAUCAUGAUAAUAAUGUCUAAAAGACAAACAAGCUAAUUUUAAUUACAAAAUUUGGAAAUUUUAACAUUUUUUUCAAUUGUAAAUAAGUCAGCCCUUUUUCAGUUGCUUUACUAUUGUUUAAGUUUCAUUUCAUACUCAUUUGAAAAUUGUACUUGGAAAUCUACUUAAUAUCAAUAUACCUAAGUUAACAUGGUGAUUUAACCAGUGUUUAUAUGUUAAGUAAAUUAUUGAUGUUGUUAAUAUAAUGUAAAAACACAAUUUAAUCGUAAAUAGAGUUGACUAGUUUAAAUUUCAUAAAUAAUUUUAAUUUUUGCGUGUAUUAAUACAAUGUCUAUAAAUAAGCAAGAUUUGUUAAGUAUCAAGCACAAAGAUUUUUUUACAUUGGAAACAAUAUGUACACUGGCGAGAUUAAUCAAUAAUGAGUGUUUAUGUAUCAAUACAUUCAAAAACAAACAAAAAAUAAAAGAACCUUAAAACUACACAGCACCAAGUUUAGAAAGCAUGUUCUAAUGAGUUUUCUUAAUAAUAAAUAAAUGUAAAAUGAUAAAAACGCCUACUAAAACCGAAGUAAAAACAUAGAUCUAAUAUGAGAUUUCACGGUUAAAACUUAACUACCUGUAAUUAUUGAAUUAUUCUUACAACGUAACUCAAAAACGGUAAAACAAGAGUUACACCAUUUAUAUUCCAUGGGACACUGAUUUCGUAAACGCUGGGCAAUUUUAAUUAUUCACUUCUGCUAUUUAAGCAAUUGCUGGUUACUAAACAAGUUGCAUAAAAAUAGUUUGAUUUCUAUAAAGUAACUUAAUAUGUAGGUAUCAUUCUUAAUUCAAAUUUAGAUUCUGACAAUUGGAUAUAAGAUCGCCUUAAUUUGAAGUUUGAACCAGGGUGGCCAACCGUAAAGUUUACUCUUAUUUUUUGAAUAUUAGCUUAGUAGUGAGACCUUUAAGCCAAAUCUUAUAAUACGAAAUAUAGUCUGUCUUAGUAAAAUGGGGGCUAUUUAUUUCCAGUGGCUUUUUUGAAAGAACCCGAAAGGCUACGCAAUGGCUUGACAUAGGGGUAGAAAUAAUCAUUAAAAUAAGAUUUACUAUAAAUAUGUUUGAUAGUAAAAUUACUUCGUCACUUUAAUUAUCAUUUUCAGUUCUAAGAAAGUGUGGGGGCAAAGUGAAUUCGAGUUUACGACACGAGAAUGCGCAAGUCUAGUUAGUACGCCUGAUGUGCUUAUACGGUAAAAACUUGUAUAAUCUGUAAUAUACCUGUAUCAAAAAUAUGUACAAAAAAUUCCAGGUCAGAUUUUCGUACAUAAUUGCGUUAUCAAACACUAUAUUCUGUUUGUACGAGAAAUCUCAUACGAUUGGCCACUCUGUUAGAAUCGAC